AAAUUCACAAAGAACAUGGCUUAUUUAACCCAACCGGACUAUGUAAAGUAUGUGUGCUCGUGUGGACAGCUGAAGCCGAUCACCAGCCUUUAUUUCUGCCGCCAUUGUUUGAAAAUACGAUGCGGAUUUUGUAUAUGCCAUGAGGUGGACUCACACUACUGUGCAAAUUGUUUAGAGAACAUGCCAUCGUCAGAGGCAAGACUUAAAAAGAACCGCUGUAGCAGCUGUUUUGACUGCCCUAGUUGUUUCCACACACUUUCUACACGUGCCACUCUCGCUCAGCCCAGACAACCAAUACAGGAUGUAGCUGCAGGUGGUGACGCAAAGGUAGAGAACAAACAGCCAAAGAAGAUGUACUAUCUGUCUUGUUUCAACUGCAGAUGGACAUCCAGGGAUGUUGGCAUCCCAGACCAGCCUGUUGCAUCAGGAGGGUGGCCUGAGCGAUCAAACCCGUCAUCGACGCGUGUAAAUCAGCUCCUCGACUACUACAAAGCUAUUGCCUUGCAAGAGAAGCAGGAAAAACUCGAAAGGGAAAGGAAGAAGUUUGCUAUCCGAGGAAAAUAUAUCACUCUUACUGACAAAACGGGUCUAACAGGCGCAAUGGCGCGCAAUAUUGCGGGCCUCCCUUCAAGUGAUGGGGGAUCCUCUACAGCCAUAGCUAAUUUCACCGCCAGUCAGGCUACGGCUUUGCUUGAAGAACUGCCAGAGGAUAUCUUUAGUAAAGACGUCAAUUUAAAGCAGAUAACCAGCAUGCCACAAAGACUGGCAUCACCAGAGUGGCAACCAGUCUCUGUAAGCCGUUUACACCCCCUCGCGAAACUCCUGAGCGUGAAGCGUAGCCAACGAUGCCGCGUCUGCGACCAUAACCUCACCAAGCCGGAAUACAACCCUGGGUCUAUCAAGUUUAAAAUCGAAUUGCUAGCAUACUACCAUGUACCUGAAGUAAAGAUAAUAUCGUAUGAAACUAUCAAGGCUGGUGAGAAAUCUGCACUGCUUCUGAAACUGACUAAUCCGACAGUGCAUGAGAUGCAAGUGAGGCUCUUGCAGCCCGAAGACGUGCCCGAAGUCGAAGAACGAGAAGAACCAAAGAGUAUUGAAAAAUCACUUGAGAAAUCUUUGAAUUUGGAGAAGGACGCGUCUUCUUAUAAAGCGAUCGAGCGAGUUCCAAAUCUGUCAGCGUGUAGCCGCGUGACUGUCCCGUCCGUGACGUUGACCGUGGCGCAGCGCGACGACGCCGCGGAGUAUGACGACGACGCCCAGCAUGACACUAACGACAUAAUCCUCUGGCGCAAAUCGAACAAACUGGCUCUAAGACUCGAACUUACAACUGACGCUUCUGUAGCUACGGGUACACCCGCGAACGCAGCUCUAACCCUCCAAUACUCGUAUCGCAAUACUGUGCCGCCUUCCGGCGCGGCAACUCAGCACCGCGAUCAUACGCUCUACACUACUAUACUUUUAGAUCUUGGUACUGUUAACGCUUAUAGUUAUUUAUAAAAAAGCUUAAAUAUGAUUUAGAAAUUAAGGUCUAUAUGUAUUAUUAUGAAUGUUACAUAACUAUAGGAUUUCUCCUAAAUUACGCUUUAAUACUGUAAAAGUAUUGUAUUAUAAAAUUCUAUAAGAUAAAUAAUUGCAAAAUAUAAUUAAUAUUUUGCAAACCAAUGUUAAGACUAAUUUAGUUUCCUAAAUUGUUCCUUGCAUUGCUUCUGUGUUUUGAAAUUAAUUAAUAUUAUGUACUAAAUUUACCUUCAUAAUUAAAAGUAAGUAGUUAAAUAAUAUGUAUAGCGUCCUCAGUUGCCUAAUGGUUUGCAUUGUAAGUGUUUGGACGUGGUUGGUCCCGGGUUUGAUUCCCGGUAAGACCAAUUUGGGAAAUGAACUUUUCUAAAUUAGUUCCGGUCUGUGUGUUCUGGGUACAGCCCCAGAGUGAAUUUACUUAUAGUACAGGGAAUUCCCUAGUUUGAGACCAGAUAGUUGGUGUAGUUGUAUGGCACAUUACAUUAUAAUACCAAUCAUAAUGUCUUGGGACUGAAAAGCACUAGCUGUACUAUUUUUAUUUAUCAUACUGUCUUCAUAAUAAUAUAGAAUGUUAAAAAGUUAAGGGGCCCAUAGUACUGAGAGCCACAAAAGGGCCCAUAGUAAUGGUCAAAUCAGAAAUAGCAUAACUUUUUUAAUAUUCAUACAUUUUGUGUUGUGAUGAUAAUAGAUUGAGUAAGCAAUUAACACAGCGUCAUGGAGACAUUGUAUAUCCCAAAAAUAUGAUUAGCACCAUUUGUAAGCAGCUCUCAUUAUCAGAGGAAAUAAAAUUUCCAUUAUAAUAUUAUCAUACUUAGAAAUAUGCAAAUGACAUAAAAGAACAAAGUGGCUGCAAACCAUAUUUGUUGAACACAUUAUUUUCUGGGAGAGAUCAAUUUGAGAGAUAUUUUAGUUUUAUAAACUUUAUUUAUUUUUAUAGCUUUAGUUAUAAGAAAUAUAAAUAAUUUGAUUAAGGAAAUAUUCUCACUAGUACUUUUGUGUUCCCAAUGGUAUACAAUCUGUUAUGCUUUUCUAAUCCUAGACUUAACGCAUUCACAGCCGACAACGCGUAUAUGCGAUCACCUGACUCUCAUCCAGUGGGGCUUGGACACUACUGUGAAUCCAUAAAUUUCGAAAACUCCCAGUGCCGUCAAUGCAUAUUUUAUGAAUUCACAUACAACUUACUUACAUUUUCAUCCAUAUGAUUGGGCAAGGUUAACAAAUGCAUAACUAAAAAUAUAGUAAGACCAAAACUCAAAUGUAAAUUAAGAGGUUGUAAAUUUAUUAUAGCAAAAACUCUGUUUUGUUGGUUGCAAUAUUUAUUCUGUGGGUCAAUUUGUAGAUUUUAUGUGAGUUUUUCCAUAGGAAAUAUUAUUUCUUUUGUGAAUAAGACACUUAAAUAAAAAAAA